CGAGUCCGUCCUCAGCUCCACCGAGCCGUUCACGUUCUGACUGUGCUCUCUCUCUCUCUCUCUCUCUGCGAGUCUGUGUCUACGUCGUGAAAAACCUCGAAAUGACAUCGAAAAUCAUCAGCAGCACCACCAGCAGCACCUCCCGCAGCAGCAGGAGCCGAGGGGGAGGCCCAAUUGGCGGAGCAGCCGGGUUUUCCACUGGACUGAUCCUGUCGGGAAGCGGAGGGGGUGUUCGGGGACCCAGGAGCUCCCAAAGUGUCAUCCUGAGACCGACACAGUCCGUUUCAAGCGCCCGAAUCUCCCGAGGCUCGGUGUUGGGCUCCAGCAGAUAUGGUGGCGGCGGUGGAUCGAGCUUCAGCCGAAUAAGUGUCGGUGCGGCUGGUUUAGGCUCAAUGGGCUACCGGGGAUAUGGGGGAGGUAUGUCUCAAGGGCUGAUCCAGAGAACCGCUGCCCUGGACCUGAGCACCCCUUUGCCUCAAAUCGAUACCACCCAGCGGGCUAUCCGAGUGGAGGAGAGCAAGCAGCUUCAGGGACUCAAUAACCAGUUCGCGGACUUCGUUGGCAAGGUUCGGUAUUUGGAAAGGAUCAAUACUGAGCUGAAUAUCAAACUGAAACUUCUGCAGGAUCAAGGCGAAUACAAAUCCAACAUCGAGAGCAUGUUCCAGGUCUACAUUGACAAUCUGAAGAAACAACUGGAGGCACUUGGCCAGGAGAAGCUGAGGUUCGAGGCAGACCUGGUCCAAAUGCAAGCUCUGGUCGAGGACUAUAAGUGCAAGUACGAAGAUGAAAUCAACAAGCGGACGGAAAUGGAAAAUGAGUUUGUCCUGGUCAAGAAGGAUGUUGAUGACUCGUACAUGAGCAAAGUGGAGCUGGAAGCUAAACUGGAAGGUCUGACAGAUGAAAUCGAUUUCCUGCGGUCUAUCUAUGAAGAGGAAAUCCGGGAGCUGCAAGCCCAGAUACAGAACACAUGUGUCAAUGUGCAAUUGGAGGGCGGUCCGAAAUUCGAUGUCGAGGAGCUCCUCGCCAAUGCCAGGAGGCAGUACGAAGCCUGCGCCCAGCAGAGCCGUGAGGAAGCGGAAACUUGGAAACAAACCAAGAUGCAGGAACUGGCCAUGGCGUCUGGACAAUGUGGCGAUGAUCUCAAUAUGCUGAAGUCAGAGAUUAAACAGUCGACAGAUCAAAUCCGGAAACUGAAAGCAUCCAUCGAUGCCCUGAAAAAGGAGCGUCUGAAACUGGAAGAUGCAAUCCGAGAAGCAGAGGAACGCGGCGAGAAUUCUCUGAAAGACUCUCGGAUGAGGAUUAGCGAACUGGAAGAGGCCAUCUUGAGAGCCGGGCAAGAGCUUUCCAAACAAGCCAGGGAGUACGAACAGCUGGUGGGCAUCAAGCUUGCACUGGACAUUGAAAUUGGGACCUACAAGAAAAUGCUGGAGGGAGAGGAGGCAAGGAUGGCAAGUGGGGUUAAAACCCUCAACAUCCAGCAAGUACAGAGCCAAGCUGAUUUUUCAUCAUUUAAUUCAAUGUCAUCUGGAUUGACUCCAUUUUUGAACGCCAGUGCAUAUGAAACCUCUGUCAUGUCUUCAUCCACAAGAAGUCCUCUGUUGGUGAAGAAAACAGAGUUGGUGGAUGGAGUUACAAUUUCUUCAUCUAUAAAUCCCUUGAACUAGCUGGGAGGAAAACAUUCUGUCCAGUGUUUGUCUCAUGUCUCCAUACAAUUCAAUUUUCAUCUUUCAUCUUCUUCUUUGAGUACGGUUCUGAAAAUUCCUAGUUUUGCAUGUUUUGGGAACUCUUUAAAAAUACUAACACUGGUGAGAUCCCAAAUCCACAGUCCUUUUCAGCCUUCCGAGCUUUGUACGUGAUGAAUUUGCGCCACAAACAGUAUUGAUUAGUCUGCCCUAAACUUCCAGCACAAGCUGUACAAUCAUUAAUUAUAACUGUGCCAUGUGAUAUCAGUUGCAGUAUAUCAGAUUAUUUUUGGUUACUUUACUGAUUGCCUGAUAUUAUAAGUUUCGCAUCAUGAAAAAUCUUGUGUAUGCACACAUUUUGGCUUAACUGGUGGGAAUGGCUCAGUAAUUCUUUUUUGUCACUGUCUUGAGUCUCGAAAGGUAGAUAUCCAACUUCUGAAAGGCUAAUUAUUGAGGUUAAUGGGAAACAAUUAUUGGGUCAUUUAAGAAAGAAAUCAAUGUUUUCUUUGUAGAACUGUUUCAAAUUCUGCAUCUUCUUGUACCAGAUAAUUAUCUUUCAUCACAGCCAGUGAAAUACCGAAUAAAUGUGCUUUCUGCAAUUCAAAA